GCGCCGCGCAUGCGCUAACUGGAGCCUCCUACAACAAGAAGCAGCGACCAGGCAAGAUGGCGGACCUGGGGAAGAAGUACUGCGUUAACUGCCUCGCAGAUGUCACCAACCUGCGGCUUCGCUGCACCGACUGCCCGGAGAUCGAGCUGUGUCCGGAGUGCUUCUCAGCGGGCGCUGAAAUCGGGAACCACCGCAGAUGGCACGGUUACCAGCAGGUCGACGGCGGGCUGUUCUCACUGUGGGGUCCAGAGGCAGAGGGAGGAUGGACCAGCAGGGAAGAGCAGUCGCUGCUCGAUGCCAUCGAACAGUACGGAUUUGGAAACUGGGAGGACAUGGCCGCACACGUGGGACCGUCCAGAACCCCGCAGGAAGUCAUGGAACAUUACGUCACCAUGUACAUCCACGGCAACCUGGGUAAAGCCUGCAUCCCAGACAGUAUUCCUAACAGAGUAACUGACCACACCUGUCCAAGUGGGGGCCCCCUGUCACCCAGUCUCACCACCCCGCUGCCCCCUUUGGACAUAAGCCUGGCUGAGCAGCAGCAGCUCGGCUACAUGCCUCUGCGUGACGACUAUGAAAUCGAGUACGACCAGGACGCCGAGAAGCUCAUCAGCGGGCUGUCGGUCAACUACGACGAUGAAGAUGUGGAGAUCGAGCUGAAGCGAGCUCACGUAGACAUGUACGUGCGAAAGCUAAGGGAACGGCAGCGGCGCAAGAACAUCGCGCGGGACUACAAUCUGGUUCCGGGGUUCCUGGGCAGAGACAAAAAAGACAAGGAGAAGGAGAGGCCUUCGGGUUUGCAGGUCGUAGGGGGUUCUGUGCCUGUGGGGGGAGCAGGAGCAUGUGGUACCACCGUCGGAUCGACCUCGGCGACGGCAGUGGGGUCGGGCCCCAUUCCGAGUGCACCCAAGAGAAAGAUCACAAAGGAGGAGAAGGAGCAGCGGGUGAGGCUAAGGGCGCUCUGCCAGUUCAUGGCUCAUCGGGAGUUCGAAGAGUUCUUUGAGAACAUGCACAAAGAACGAGUUCUGAGGGCCAAAGUGCGCGAGCUGCAGCGGUACCGGCGCAACGGCAUCACACGUCUGGAGGAGUCUGCUGAAUACGAAGCAGCUCGUCACAAAAGGGAGAAACGCAAGGAAAACAAGAACGUGGUGGCGUCCAAGCGAGGCAGCUCGGGAGGCACCGGGCUCGGUUCUGGGAUGGGACUGGGCGGCGGGGGCGGCGGAGGAGGAGGCGUCAUGGGAGGGCUCGGAGCCGGGGGUGGGAUUAAAGACGAAGGUAAAGAUGGUGAGUUUUCCGCCAUCGAGAACCUGACGGGGUUCGAGCUCCUGUCAGAUCGGGAGAAGGUUCUCUGUAACUCGCUCAACCUGAGCCCGACUCGCUACCUGACUGUCAAAACCAUGAUCAUCAAAGACCACCUGCAGAAAAGGCAAGGCAUCCCGGGCAAGAGCCGACUGCCCAGCUACCUGGACAAAGUCCUCAAGAAGCGAAUCCUAACCUUCCUCACGGAGAGCGGCUGGAUAUCCAGAGACUCCUCGUAGCGAUCCGUCUCUGGUCGGGGAUUACUCACCAAGGAUUGCCGUUAACCGUCUGGACGGAACUGCUGCUUCUCACCGACAGCUUUUUCCAGUUUCCUCUUUUUCACUUUGUGAAUAUGUACAGUCCAAAUAAAAAUAUGCCCCGGUGGUAAAAGAACUAUAUUUUCAUACAAAGUCUUGGAACAACAGCUGAAAAGAAGCUGGGCUGGUAUGUUGGAAAGAAACAACCUUUGAGUUUACUGAUGUGCUUCCAGUUGCAAUUUAUUGCUAAGUGGUGCUGAUUUGCAGUAAAGGUGUUCUUUUUAUUAAUGUAAGAGCUAUCCCUAAACAGCAUUAUAGAAACAACAGAACAUUCUGUUUAAUGCUGAACAGCAGUCGUUCUGGGUCUAAUGUUGGAGCCAUGUGUUUAAGGAAGCAGGCAGAAAUAAUCAGCUUUGUCUUCACCUUUUCGGUUGAACAUAUAUUUAAAAUCCAACCAGUUGACCGCAGCUGUUUGGUUUUUAAGCUGUUCUACCAUAACAUGAAUGACCUACUGCUAAAUUAGCACUGAAAUGAUGCGUAGUAAAAGGUUUUAGAGAAAUUGCUUGAAGUUUAUUGUUUUAUCCACUAGGGGGCACUGCCUAUGCAAUGUUUAUCUAAAUUGCAGCUUGGUUGAAAAGCAAUUAGUUGUAAUCAGAAGCGAUGGAUGUAAAGUUAAAUUCGAAGCUGCUGAUGUCGGCUUGGUACAUUUUCCUGAACGUUACGCCGUUUGGGAAGUAGGACAAGCAUUAUCGGAGUCCCAUCGAGAAACUGUUGUGACCAUUAAUUAAAAGUUUCCUGUAUCCAAACUGAUCCCAAGAGAUCUCAGAAAAUUCCAGAGCCACUAUUCGGAUUGUUGGAAAUACAAAAGUGCCUAAAUCCAGAGCAGCAUUCAUCUCAAGUUUCUUGAUUUCUAAAAUCUUUAAAAAGCGUAAAGUAUAUUUUCCUGUUUAGGAACUAAUUUAAAAGGAAAAAACAAGGCCCCCAUCGCCACACUACUUAACAGAAGGCAUCAUGAGGUGCUUUUGCUAAUUAAAUUUUUUUUUAACAGAGCUACUGGUGCCAAACUAAUCUGCUGUCAUUAGUUCGUAAAUAGAUCUAGAUAUCUCAAACAUCCCAAAAGGCUGAGGCAGACACAGAAAGGGAUCUAUUACUAGAUCUGCUAAGAUUCUAGGUCUUCUACCUGAAACUCAGAUUGCCUUUAGAGAAGUUGGAGGUUUCUGUGUGUUUUGGAAAAGUGUUCUUUUAAAGGAGUGUGAUAGACUGAAAUCACCAGUUUUUUUAAUAAAACCUUCUGGUAUUCCAUGAUGCUAUUUUUUCUGACAAAGCUUCCUAAGCUUUUGGAAGAGAAUCAGGCCCGCUGCUCUGGAGCAGUGAUUCCUUGGUCCUUUUGGACCCAGUGUUUGUUUUAGGUGCGACUCUGUUCCGGCCUACGGGAUUCUAAAGAUGGCUUCUCCUCUGGAGCCAUCGAGUCCUGCAGAAAACCUUUCAAUCAUGUAUUCUUUUAGCGAGGUGUGUGGCAGCAAGGAGACGCCUAAAACAUGCAGGACUGGGCUGCCGGAGGAGCAGGGACCUCCUAAGACUGCGGCCACAUUAAACAGCUUUGGCGCUUUUCUACAGAGCUAAGUUUGGGCCAUAAAGUUAAGUUAGAAAAAAUUUUUUUAACUGAAAAUAAAAUUUAAAAAAUGAAUUCUUUUUAUUUAUUUUUGGAAAAUACAUGUUUAAAGCUACUUUGCAGAUUCUAUUUUUUCUCAGUUUCUGAUAUAUAUUUUUGUUUAGGUUAAAAUUGCUGGCCUCUGAGCAUGGGGGUGGGGCUUAAAUAACGUACAUGGUUGGAAAAAAGACCGUUUAGGUAUCUGGAUAAAAUAUUCCUAACUCUCAGGAACCGUGGGAACUUAAAACACAACCUGCGUCACAUGCAGCCAGUAUGGCGGUUCUUACUCUCUACCAUGAAAGAACUGGAAAUGUCAAAUACUGACAGGAAAUGCUGCUUAAACUUAGCCUUAUAAUUUUAACAGAUCGGUGAAAACAUCUUUUAAAACGUACGUAAACAAGAUAUGAUUGACGUUCAAAGAGGAAGACUUUCUUUUAGUUCCCACAGUUCCUGAAUGCAGCAUUUGGGAAAUUUUUGUCCAAGGUGUCAAUCAUCAUUCCACGUCGUGUCAUCGAAGCCCCGCCCCCCACAGCACAGUUCGAAACGGAGAGAAAAACUAAUGAAUCUGAAAAUUAGUUUUAAACAUUUUUUGUCCAUUUUGAGCUUGAUAUUUUUCAGUUUUAAUAUUUAUUUUUUUUGUUCAAAAACACAAAAGCGUUUUUAAACAAAAAAACGUCUUAAUUUAGCUCCAUACUUUUCCAUAUAAUUUUCCGUCGUUUUCCUUCUAAACCCACUUGGAUUUUUUAUUUUUCAGCAUAUUAGGUAUAUUUUGCACUGAUGGUGUUUAGCUGAGCUUUGGCGGUUCCUCUUUACUCCCGUACGGCUCUAAUUACUGUGCCUGGCGGCAGAUUAAUUUCUGCUCCCUGUCCAGCCUAGUAGGCGAUGCCUAAAAAAGCUAAAAUGUCAGGUUGAAUCAAGUAAAGACAGAAAGUAACCAGAUUUUCUUUUUUAAAGAUAAACAUUGAUUUUACAGGCAUUCUUUUCUCCAGUGACUUUUUUUUUUACACAUUUUUAUAUCUCUAUCUGUGGUAACUUGGUUUUAUUUCUCUAAAACUGCCUUUAUUUCAAUUAAUUAAAUAUUAUAUUUCUGCAAAAUGCAGAGAUGGUUUCCCCGCCCACUUUUUACUUUCUUCCAAAGUGGGAGGUUAGUUUUCCUGAGUUUUCUGUGUCUAAAGGUCAGAAGCUGACCAGCAUUAUCGGGUAGUUCUUUGCAUAUUAACUGAUUUGGAUGUUAUUAUUUUCCCCCUCUAAGCCAGACAGAACUAGUCCUGCAUCUCAAAAUGUAAAUGAAACAUUUUUAUCCGGCAACCGUAAAGCUGAAGCUCUGCAUGCUAAAUGUUGCCAUGUCCAUGCCAUGUUGUACCAUAUCUAAUCUGCAUCUAAUUCUGUGGAUAAUUAGUCAUUUUUCGUUAUUUUGGAGCAUGUUCCCUUGAUGUAAUGAGACCGUAAAAGCAUUGGUUGUACUUUGAAUGUAUCUCUGUUGCAAGAAGAUGUGAAGUGUUUGAAAAAGUGUUUUUUUCCCCCCUUCAGAACAGCUUUCAAAUGAGAGUUUUAAUAGUUUAAAAAGACCUGGAGACUAUCUUUUACUAAAUUUUAAAUUGCUCUGAUACACGCAGAGGUCAAUGAAAUCGCCUUUUCCCUUCUGGACUCGGAUACAUGUCCAGAAACAGACUGGUUGGAGGUUGGAAAUAAAAAAUUAUAAAUACAUUUUAAGUUUGGAACCGUCUACAUCUGCAGUUGUUUUCAGCUGAUGACGGAAAGCUUAAAGUCUGAGUUAUUUAUUGGAUUUUUUGAAGUUCUCACCCAGUGUGUCUCUUAAGAAAAAGUCAAAACUACAUGAAAAUAGUGUUGAAAGGAGAAUUUAUGGUUACUUAUGUGAACCAAAUGUAAAUAACUGUAAGAUAAGAAAAAAGUUAAGUGUACAGUAUUUUGUGUUGUGUACAUUUUUAUAGGUUUUGUAUUGAAAAUAAAGAUUUUUUGACAAACGAG